AACAAUCAGCUGAAAUGUUUGCGCGAUUUUAUCGAAUCGCAAAUGUCAUUUUAUGCUCAAGCACAUCAACAUAUGGCAGAGCUACAAAGGGAGCUUUCGGGUGCACCUAUUGGUGAACCUGGUAUAGGUCUGUACAGUAGUGGUGGCAAUAGCAUUGGAAACAGCAUCGGAAAUGCGUCAGCUCCAUCACAACAGAUUGGCCGACAACAAAGUUCCGGCUCAACCACUAAAGAUUCGAACGUAUCUGCCGUUGGUGGUGGCCAAUGA